AUGGUCUCAACAGCAGCACCUAAGAUGGUUUACAGAUACCUUGGCAACUCUGGGUUGAAGGUAUCAUUGUUCUCUUUUGGAAAUUGGUUAAACUCCAUGAAGUAAGAAGAUUAUGAAAUUACAAGAGAUGCAAUUAAGAUUUGCCUUGAAAAUGGAGUCAAUUUCUUUGACACAGCUGAAAUUUAUGGAAUGGGAGCUGCCGAAACAUAAAUGGGCAAAGCAUUCAAGGAGCUCUCUAUUAAGAGAGAAGAUAUAGUAGUCUCCACUAAAAUUUUCAGAUGCGGAGCUGGAGUUAAUGAUACUUUCCUCUCAAGAAAACACAUCGUUGAGGGCUUGAGAGCAUCUCUAAAGAGAUUAGAAACUGAAUACGUGGAUGUUGUUUUCUGUCAUAGACCAGACUUUGAAACUCCACUUGAGGAAACAGUCAGAGCUAUGAGCUAUGUCAUUGACCAAGGUAUGGCAUUCUACUGGGGAACCUCAGAGUGGCCAGCAGAUAGAAUCUCAAAGGCUAUUGAACUUUGCGAAAGAUUAAAUCUUCACAAGCCAAUCGUAGAAUAGCCAUAAUACAGCAUGUUCUGGAGAAGUAGCUUUGAAAAGGACUACAGAAGAAUUUUCUCUGAGUACAAAUACGGAAGCACUAUCUGGUCACCUUUAGCUGGAGGUAUUCUUACUGGCAAGUAUAACGAUGGAGUUGCCCCAGAGGGUAGCAGAUUCCAAAAUCAUAUUGGAUAUCUUGCUCCACAUUGGGACAGAUGGUUCGGUGAGAAGAGUAAGGAAGCCAACCUUAAGAGACUCAAUGGGUUAGCUGAGUAUGCCAAAGAACUCGGUUAUUCUCAAGCUCAACUGGCUCUUGCAUGGGCUGUUGCUAAUCAAGAUGUUUCAACAUGUAUCCUUGGAUUCACAAAAAUCGAGCAAGUAACUGAAAACCUCAAGGCUCUUGAGUUAUAUCUUAAAUGGGAUGAAAGUAUUGAAAACAGAUGCAAGGAAAUUUUAUUCAACGACCCUGAAGCUGAUAUGGACUGGAGAAAAUGGGCUCCUUUGCCCUCAAGAAGAUCAGAAGCUACUCAAAACCCUAAAUAGUGA